UCCUCUCUGCCAAGGAUGAUACUCAGGAUUUUAGACCCUGAGGAAUAUCUGAAACUUGGCUUUUCCAUCAGAGAUUAUGGGCUCUCAGCUGUCUGAUAGAAGAUUUAAAGGCAGGAGAUGUGGGGAUAUAAAGAACCCAGUGAGGCUUUAUUACAGUGAAGAGAAUGAAUAUCCUUCCAGUAUCAGGGUUCAUGAUUACCUGUUUUUAAAAGUGAAAACCAGCAGUGGCAACUUUUAAGUAUAGAAUGAAGUGCCUCACUAAUCUCUCAUUUUUAUUUUUUACCUGAAAUUUGUAAUCCAUCUAAGCCUUUGCAGGGCUAACCCUCUAGCAGCCCUGGGCCUCGUGAGUUGUCAGGAAGCUCGCUGACACUCCUGGGCCCUGUGGCUUCCGUAGGUCUUCAUCCUGCAGCUGGAAGGAGAGAAACGCUGGCGUCUCUAUCACCCCACUGUGCCCCUGGCCCGGGAGUACAGCGUGGAGUCCGAGGACAGGAUUGGGAGGCCAGAGCUCGAGUUCACACUGAAGCCAGGUGAUGUCCUGUACUUUCCCAGAGGGACCAUUCAUCAAGCGGACACUCCUCCAGGGCUGGCCCACUCUACUCACGUGACCAUCAGCACCUACCAGAACAAUUCGUGGGGAGAUUUCCUUUUGGACACUAUUUCGGGGCUUGUAUUUGACACUGCAAAGGAAGAUCUGGAGUUCCGGGCUGGCAUACCCCGGCAGCUGCUCCUGCAGGUGGAUGCCACGGCUGUUGCGACGAGAAGGUUAAGUGGCUUUCUGAGGACCCUUGCUGACCGGCUGGAGGGCACCAAAGAGCUGCUUUCAGCUGACAUGAAGAAGGAUUUUGUUAUGAACAGACUUCCCCCUUACUAUAUGGGAGACCGAGCCGAGCUUUCGACGCCAGGUGGACGGUUACCAAGUUUGGACAGCACAGUGAGACUGCAGUUUAAAGACCACACCAUCCUCACAGUAGGGCCGGAUCAGGAUCAAUCUGAUGAAACUCAGGAAAAGAUGGUUUACAUCUAUCAUUCCUUAAAGAAUAGGAGAGAGACACACAUGAUGGGAAAUGAGGAAACAGAGUCCCAUGGACUUCGCUUUCCUUUAUCACAUAUGGAUGCACUGAAGCAAAUUUGGGGUCACUCAGCUAUUCCUGUCAAGGACCUGAAACUGACUACAGAUGAGGAGAAGGAAAACCUGGUGUUAUCCCUCUGGACAGAAUGCCUAAUCCAGGUAGUCUAGGGCCUGUCCAGAAUCAAGGGUGUACCGUCUCAGACACGUGCGCAAAGAAGAGCAACGAUGUGCUGCUUCUGUCGACUGGUAAGGGCCCUACAACAGCCUUCCUUACCUUCAUGGAAGAAGGGGGUCUCAGAAAGUAACCAAACCGUACUUUGGAUAAACUCAUUUAAUCCAGUGUGGUAGAAAAGGCACAACUCCAAUAAAUGGAUCAUUGAAAUUUAAAGGU